AUGCUUGGGGACAGAGGCGAUGGUUUUCGGGAAGAUCCGGAGAACGACAAUAUUUUUGCAGAAGACCACCUGUGGCUAGCAACGCCGUCGAAGCUGACUUUCGUCAAUGAAACACCUAUCGUGACUGCGGAAUAUCGCCAUCAGCACAUGCUCUGCGAUGUGCGGAGUCCAUCUAUGUCACCUCCUCGCAGAGAUCAUCUGUCUCCUAUCUCGCCGGGUGCCACGGAACCCUUUCCAUUGACAACGCAGGGAGACGACUCACCGCUAGCAGUUUCUCGUAGUUCUGCAGUCAUUCACAACGCAACCCAUUCAAGGUUCAGCAGUCAUGAAGGUCCCUUCGGACAUUCGGGCCCAAAUUUCGGAGGAAUCGGCCUGCAUCCCGUAACCACAACCACAACCACAUCGCCCCCAGAUUACUUAGAUCUAACCUCUCCACGUCACUCCAUUUCCAGCAAUCCCCCCGCGCCUGCCCGUUGCAGUGAUCGCACCAAUUCGGACGACCACCCGGAUGGCCUUUCCCAUCUUUCAUCUGAAAUAUUGAAUAGCCCAGAAGCACUCCAUCGCAAAGUGGGGCUUCUUCUCUACGAGGACCGGAUGCAGUUGCCUUUUAAGGUUGCUCGAGAAGCAUUGCUCUUCCAUCAUUACAUGGAAUCCUUGGCAGCUUUGCGCCAUUUUGCCGUCGACGUGCCGGAACUUGCUCUUAGCUGUCCUGUGCUAUUAUAUGCCCUCAUGGCCUUUUCGGCUCGCCAUUUGAGCCGAACUUCAAGUUUUGACUCCGCGGUUGCUGACCAUUACCAUCAUGAAUGUGUCUCUUUAAUCAUUCCAAUGCUGGAUCAGAGGGAUCUCGUCGCGGACGAAACCCUCUUCGCGGCAGCAGUCAUUCUCAGAGCAUUCGAGGAAACCAAUGACUCGAAGAUGGGCGCCGAGCCUGAACGGCAUCUCACUGGCACAUCGGUCUUCGCCAACGCCCAGCUUGAAUUUCGCACCUGGGGUGGCUUGGGUCAUGCUGCAUUCUGGGUCUUUGUGCGACAAGAUAUCUACAUGUCCCUGUUAAAACAGAGGCCGCUCAAGGUAGACUUGGCCGGGUGGGAGGAGCGCUUGUCCUUCGAUUUAGGAUUCGAUGCCGCCACGGACUGUACAUGGGCCAAUCGGAUGAUAUGGAUUGUGGCUGAAAUUGUGAGUUUCUGUUUUGGCGAUCGAUUAAGCUAUACCAAUUGGGAGGCUGCCCGGGCCAAGACGGAGCGCUGGAGCCUUACGCGACCAAAGUCGUUUGAUCCCAUUCUGUACAUUGAUCGUGAUGAGGAGGCAAAAAGGUAUUUCCCGGAAAUACGACUAGGACAUCCCUGGCAUGGAAUGCAAUACUACUACAUUGCGAAGCUAUUCCUCGCGGUAUACAAUCCAGUUGUGCCUCGAAUCGGGCUGGGGGCCCAAAAACACCGCAAGAGCAUUUCGGAUGAAGUCCUUCAAAACGCCGAGGCUGUGUGCGGGAUUGCCUUCGCAACAACCCUUGUCGCGGUGAAGCUGACCGCGUGCACAGCGAUUAUCGCCUGCGGGCCAUGGUUUUAUGACCGGCCUCGAGCAGAGCAGGAACUGCUACUCCAAUUGCUCCGAUGCACGGAAAUGGAGAGUGCAAGGCCCACAGAGUCAUUGAUUCAAGGGCUAAUGGAAGAAUGGGAGUGGUAA